AAAUGAUAAACCGUAAUGAAGAUCAUGUGGCUGGAACAUCUCUCUUCGACUACUGAGCACACUCUUUGCUGCACAACUGGGUCUGGCAAGAGCUCAAGACUUAUUGGGUCUUCGAAGAUAUUGAUUUUGGAGACGAGGAGACAGAACAGAUGUUCCAGAAGCAUAGAUUGAAAACUAUUAAAGCCAAUUGGAGGUUUAUCCUGUUAGUAUUAAAACUCAAAUUUUUGGUCAUCGCCGCUUGUUUCCAAUUUCAGCAGGAGUAUGUCUCAAACUUUGAGAAAUUUACCCCAGUCACGAUGUUCUUUCUUCUAUUUGUGCUGAAGUACUUUAUCUACACAAACGAUUUUGUAGCAAGGUAUGGGUCAAUCUUCUAUAUCUUCUGAUUUGGGUGAUUCAUGACAAACAUAAACCUUGAAGUAAUACAAUUUAGACUUUAUGAAGGAUUCUUGUUUCAUAUUUCAGUCUCAUUUCUGCUAUCGACAUGACUAUUAUCAGACUGGAGAAUAUCAUCCGUUGCUAUACUGAUGGUCUACUCUAAUCUUUGUAUCAUGCUAAAGACAUUUUAUGACCAGAUGCCAAACUCAGUCUUAUUAGCACUGAUAUUUUCCUGAACUGCUUUUUGCUUCAAUGCUUUUCUUAUUUCUAGAAAUUAUAAACAGGAAUUCUUAUCAUCACAUAAAGCGAAGCAGGCUUCAUCACAAUUAAAGAAGAUUCUAAAGGGGCUACCAGAAGGCGUAGUUAUUAUGGAUGAGCAAGGUGGUCAACUUAAGUUAAUCAAUAAGAAACUAAAGCAAACUUUUAAUCUAUCACUAUUCUACAAGAGUCAAAAAGAAAGCAUCGAGCUAUCCAGAGUACAAGAUGAAAUCAACGAAUCGUUUGAUAAGAUUUAUUCCAAGAAGAAUGCUGGUGGUACAGACUUGAAAGACAAUAAGAAAUACUUGGAGAAUAUCUUCAACCAUUUCAUAAUCAAGAUCAGUAAGGAUAGAGUUGAAGAAGGAAAAGGAAAUGAUCCUGAUGUUCAAAUAAGACAGUAUCAAGAGAUGCCGUUACCACUCUUCCUCAACGAUGAGAGAAAGUUGUGACAGGAUGACAUAGAUAAUGAAAGAAGCACUAAAGUGUCUAUAUCAUACUCUAAAAAGCAUAUUUGAAGAGAAGUGGAAUUCUUAAAGAGAGAUUUUGUUGUGAAGACGGCUAAAAUUAACAUGACGGAAGUUCGUGAUAGUAAACCUACAUUUUAAUCAUAUGUUUAUCGACACCACUCAGAUUAUACAACUAGAAGAAGCCAAGGCCCAGAGUAACUACCAGCGCCAAAUGCUCUCCAAUGUGUCACACGAGUUCAGGACUCCACUCAACGCGAUGUCUCUGUCGCUGCUCCUGAUGAAGCCUUACAUCAAUGAAGACUUGUCGAAGUUCCAUAUGAUCGCGACUUCAUCGUGAGACAUUCUGAAAGGACUUGUCGAAGAUAUUUUGGAUUUCUCCAAGAUCGAGGCUGGAGUUUUCGAAGUGCAGGAGUCUGAGUUCACUUUCAGCCAACUCUUUGACGAAGCCAAGUCCAUCUUUGAGAUGCAGACCCAGAUGAAAGGGAUAAGCCUGAACUUCCAAAUGGAAGACAUGCUCGCAGACCUCGUUGUGAAAUCAGACAAGCAGAGGCUCAAACAGAUUCUGCUGAACUUAUUGUCGAAUUCUCUGAAGUUCACAGACAGAGGGUUCAUCAAUGUUGAAUUGAAAAUACAGAGACUUCAAAGAAUCAGGAGAGAAACAUUAGAGAAUAGUGAUAUGUCAAUCACUCUGCCUUCUGAGUUACUAGACGAAAUCUCAGUAUGAAAUAUUCUUUUUGGGUCAAAUAACUACCAGUUCAAAGCUCAACCAUCAAGAUUUGAUCGAAUGGCUAUUGAUCCUUGUCGUGGAGAUAAAACAACUGGGAGAAUAUGCCAAAGAGAAGGAGAUGAUUCAUUAUCCUCAGAGUUUACGAAAGAACUCAAGGUAGAGCUCAGUGUGACCGAUACUGGCAUUGGGAUCCCUGAAUGAGACUUACCUUCUUUAUUUAAGGUAUUUGGCAAGACCCGAUCAAAUCACAAUAGGAACCAGACAGGUACGGGACUGGGACUUACUAUCUGAAAGAAGCUUUGUGAGAAAUUAGGAGGAAAAAUAUCCCUAAAAUCUAAAGAAGGAUUGGGUACGAAAGUAACUUGCUCAUUCAUAUGUUUCUAUUAG